ACAUCUACUUCUGACUUCCAUUUUAGGGUUAGUCUGCAAAAAAAACCCUAAGUGCCCUCUCUCUCCAAUAAAGCUAUAUUCCCCAUCUCAGACGAUAGUUAUUGAAGUGCACAAAGAUCGGAUUGAUGGCUGGUGAAUCAGAUAUGGCCGAAACUACGACCUUAUCAUGUGCUCAAUGUGGCAAGCCUGCACAUCUUCAGUGUCCAAAGUGUGUGGAAUUGAAGCUUCCUCGUGAAGGUGCUGCUUUCUGCACCCAGGACUGUUUCAAGGCUUCAUGGGUCUCUCAUAAAUCAGUUCAUUUGAAGGCAAAAUUGUCAUCUUUCGGACCUGGUACUCCUGGUGAACAAAAUUCAGCUGCACCGGAUGAUGAUUGGCUAUAUUGCUUGAAGAAAGGACAGACUCGAACACCAAAACAUCCCCUUUUUGAUUGGACAGGGACAUUAAGGCCAUAUCCCAUAUCAAAAAAGCGUAUUAUACCUGCUCACAUUGAUCAACCUGACUGGGCAAUGGAUGGGAUCCCAAAGGAGGAGCCCAAUAGUGAUCUGCAGCAUGUUGUUGAGAUCAAAACCACAGAGCAAAUUGAGAGAAUGAGAGAAACUUGCCGUAUAGCAAGGGAAGUUUUGGAUGCAGCUGCUCGUGUUAUUCGAGUUGGUGUGACUACUGAUGAAAUUGACGAGGUGGUACAUGAAGCAACAAUUGCUGCUGGAGGAUAUCCAUCUCCACUAAAUUAUCAUUUCUUCCCAAAGUCUUGCUGCACGUCAGUCAAUGAAAUUAUCUGCCAUGGAAUUCCAGAUGCAAGGAAAUUAGAGGAUGGUGAUAUUGUAAAUGUUGAUGUAACUGUGUACUAUAAAGGUGUCCAUGGUGAUCUCAAUGAAACAUUCUUUGUCGGAAAUGUUGAUGAAGCGUCACGACGGCUGGUCCAAUGUACUUAUGAGUGUUUGGAGAAAGCAAUAGCAAUCGUGAAACCUGGGGUACGAUUUCGGGAAAUUGGGGAAGUCAUUAAUCGACAUGCUUCAAUGUCAGGUUUAUCUGUGGUUAAAUCAUAUUGUGGUCAUGGUAUUGGAGAACUCUUCCAUUGUGCACCAAAUAUUCCCCAUUAUGGAAGAAAUAAAGCAGUUGGUGUGAUGAAGGCAGGGCAGACCUUCACUAUUGAACCUAUGAUCAAUGCAGGUGUUUGGCGGGAUCGGAUGUGGCCUGAUGGAUGGACUGCUGUUACUGCAGAUGGUAAACGCAGUGCUCAGUUUGAACACACACUUCUGGUGACUGGGACUGGAGUUGAAGUUCUUACAGCCCGUCUUCCCACGUCUCCCAAAGUCUUCCCUUGGCUAAAUUCGUAACUGCUCAGCCUCUAUUCUGAGUAUUCUCUAGGGGUCCGUGAUCAGAGGGCAGGAUCCAGCCAAACAUUGUUACUUGGCGACUUGGUAUAAUUUAUUGUGCCAUAGUUUGUUUUGUUACUCGAUUGGGUAAGAAGAAUGUUGUAUUUUUAUGUUAUUUGGUGAUGAAAUUUUGGCUUCACAUUUAGGUUUUGGAUGUGGUGGAAUGUGUAGUUUGGAUUCUAUAUUCAAUUUUGAACUCGUGCAGUUUGAAUAACAAAUGUUCAGAACCUUUUUUCAUACUAGAGAGAAUAAACAAUCAAAUCAUUCAAAUUA